AUGGACUCCCAAAAAAUUGUUGGCGUACCAGCUUUAGCUGAGAGUAGUUGUGUGUUAGCUUCAGCAUCAGCCAAUAUCUUUUCUUCGUGCUCUGCAUGGAUUCAACCACGGAUAGGAACGCGACGAAAUCCGGAAGGUGUCAAGGAGGAGCAGCCGGAUACGAAGCCUAGUGAAGGUUGUAUGGUAUAUGGUGCUGGAUGUCAAAUUGCGAUUUGGUGGUGUCGGAAUUCGAAUUUUUAUCAACCGAUCAGUUUUUCAAAAGGUCAUACUUCGCAAGUUACCGUGGUUAAACCGCUUUACAGUCACGAUCCAGCGGCAUCUUUCGAAUACAAGAACCUGGUUUCUGCGUCUGUCGAUUAUCGAUUUGUGAGUGGAGAUGCCAAAGGUGGCGUGAAGAUCUGGAAAAAUGUACCUAGAGGCCAUCACGGUACCCCGUCUUGGAAAGCCUUUGUGGAAUUGCCGGGUCAACAGCGCUCGAUCUCAUGUCUGGCUAGUGUUCAACUUCCACCAUGCAGUUUAGAAAAUUCUACUUCAGGCAAUCAAAUUGAAUAUGUUGUUGUUACCGGAGCGUCUGACGGGCGCCUGAUGAUAUGGAAAGUGGCAGAGAAUUUUGAACAUGCAAACGAGGUGACGGCCAUAGCAGAAUUGAUCCAAACUAUUGAGUGUGGAAACAAGAUUGCCAUGGACGCGACUUUGACUUUACUUCCCGGACAAUCUGAAGACUUCAUUUCAGAUCCAAACAACUCUGAUGAUGUAUUAUUGGCUUCAGGAUCUCAAGAUGGAUAUAUCCGACUUUGGCGUUGCUCGAAAGCUUAUGAUCCUACUCCAGAAACUGCCAAUGAUGUGAAAAGUCAAGCGCAUGACGAAUCUGCAGGAACAGCAUCAGCUUUGGAAGAUCCUUUCAAGGCUUUGGAUGAGCUUACCCAAACCUUGAAAGAUGAAGGUAAGAUACCAUCUCAAUCCGAGGCUGAAGGAUCCCGUCAGCCAUCGCAUCUCAAGGUUGAAAUGAAAAGAUACAGAAUUAGUCACCCCAACGGACGAUCAGCCUGGAACAUGACUUCUGAGGCCGUUUUAUUUGGUCACGAAGGAUGGAUUACGAACGUUCACUGGGCUUUAGGUCCUGGGAAACAAUUACAGCUUAUAUCAACCUCAUCAGAUCGCUCUAUGAUCAUCUGGAAACCGUCUGCCGAACACAACGGGAUCUGGUUAAAUUCGGAUCGGUUCGGAGAACUAACUGGAUCCACCAAUCUGGGCUUCUUUGGCGCCCAUCAUUUUUGGAACCAUGAGAGUGGCCAAGAGACGGUCUUAGCUUCUGGUUGGACGGGUGGAUGGCAUCGAUGGAGUCGCCAAGGAUCCGUAUCCCCAUCAUUGGCAGGUGCGCUUUGGGAACCACAAAUAGCACCGACUGGACAUAGUCAAUCUGUCACAGGUCUUGAAUGGGAUCGUGAAGGCGAAUAUAUUCUUUCCUGCUCUCAUGAUCAAAGUACUCGCUUAUGGGGGCCUUGGAGACGAGCUAAUGAUAUCUCUAGUGGGGAGCUCCCACCAUCAGCUCAUUCAACCGAAAGUUGGCAUGAGCUUGGUAGACCUCAAGUACACGGUCAUGAUUUAUUUGGAUUAAGCUUCAUCCAAGAUAAAAGGACUCAAUUUGUCAGCAUUUCUGAGGAAAAGGUGAUAAGAGUCUUUGAUACUACCGAACGAUUUGUGCGCCUAGCGAAAGACCUACAUGUGAUCAAUGUACCCUACGAAACUUCGAUUCGUAAGCGUCACGAGAACGCGACCGUCCCACCUUUGGGCUUGAGCAAUCGUAUCGAAGAAUCAGAAAGCCCAGAAGAUUCACCUGCAGGUGAUUUGAAAGAUGCCUCCGUACAUAUUCAGCCAAUUCAAUGUCCACCCUUCGAAGAUGAAUUGCUAAACUGUACACUUUGGCCUGAAGUUGAAAAAGUUUACGGACACCCCUCCGAAUUAUCUGCUGUAGCAACAUCAGCCUCAGGAAAACUUAUCGCUUCAGCUUGUCAUGCUACCUCAGCAAUGUCUGCUAGCAUCCGGAUUCACUCAACCAGUUCUUUUCGUGCGAUUGGAAAUCCACUGGAAUCCCAUCAAUUAACAGUGACUGAAUUGGCAUUUAACCAUGAUGAUACUUUUCUCAUUAGUGUCAGUCGUGAUCGUGCAUGGAGUUUAUGGGCACCCUCAGGAGUCAGUAACCUAGAUGACGAAGAAAAGGAUGGAAAUUCAUUUGAAUUAGUGCAGAAAUUCGAAAAAGCUCAUACUCGUAUUAUUUGGGACGUUUCUUGGGGUCCUAAAGGUUCAGAGGUCUUCGUUACUGGAUCCCGUGAUAAAACAGUCAAGGUCUGGUCAAAAUCUACGGGAUCGGAGUCGAGUGCUACUGUUUGGACUUUGACUGCUACCAUUAAGUUUGAGGAUGCUGUAAAAUCAUGCAGGUUUUUACCUUAUUUACUCAAUAAUCGAUUGAUUCUUGGAGUAGGAUUAGAAGAUGGUAGUAUUCACCUUUAUUCUUCUUACCCUGACCGACUCGAUACUUGGAACUUGAUCAAUACAAUUGAAGAUCAGUAUACCCACACAAGUCCAGUUGAGAGAUUAGCAUUCUGUCCUAAACCUACAUUGGAUGAUCAAACAAAGAUUAGACUUGCAAGUGGUGGUGAAGAUGGAAUGAUAAGAAUUACAGAUUUCACACUGGUAGUUUAA